CGAAUGUACUCACAGUUAAGAAACCGUUGUUUAGCAUUAGCUGUCCCGCACCACAGAAAGUCUAUGCCCCUAUAGCUGUAUAUAGAAGCUGCCAUGACAGUUCUCACACCAAGAGAGGCAAACGUUGAAAAAGUUUUAUUUUGCUGCAGCGAGAGAUCAUAGUGAGCGAGGGCACGUUUGGAGACUUCAACAGCGACGGACUGAUAGACUGAGGGGAGCAGAUCAACACGUUACACCAAAAUGGCAACCCCCUAUGUUACAGAUGAAUCUGGUCCCAGGGCGCUCAGUUUUUGUUAGCUACAUGUAAAGGGGGCUCCAAGGAAAAAUGGGUGGGACCCUCUGUCUGCACUAGGCUGCCAGCGCUCAUGUUUUUCUCAUUUUCACAAACUUCUAACCGUCUUGGUUUUGAUGAAUGUCCAGGGAAAUACAUUGCUGCCACUCAGCGACCUGAUGGAACAUGGAGGAAACCACGGCGAGUGAAGGAUGGCUAUGUCCCCCAGGAAGAAGUACCAGUCUAUGAAAACAAAUAUGUGAAGUUUUUUAAAAGCAAACCAGACCUGCCACCUGGGAUGAGCCCACCUGAGUCAGCGCCACCAAAGCAGCAGCAAAAGAUCCCUGGCUGCGCAGACAGCGACACCGCCGGUCUCUCAAAGUCCGCCAAACGUAACAUGAAACGCAAAGAAAAAAGAAAACAGCAGCAGCAGCAGGGCCAGGAUGGGGACGGGGACGGAGAUGGGGAUGGGGAUGUGGAUGUGGACUCUGUGAGCGAUGCCGUCGAGAAUGUGUCAAUUUCAGCGAGCGGGGAAUCCUCAAACAAGACAGCAGCACCAGUGUCUGUCUCUGCAGCUGAUGAUUCCACAGCAGCAGCUGAAAAGGCCAAGAAGAUCAAAAACCUGAAAAAGAAGCUGCGACAAGUCGAGGAACUGCAGCAGAAAGUGGACUCAGGGGAAAUUAAAGAGCCGACAAAGGAUCAGUUGGAAAAGCUGGGUCGAGCUCUUGCCUUGAAAGAGGAAUUACAGCAACUCGAGCGCGACUCUUGAAGCAAUAAAAGGAAAGCAGAAGAUUCAGACUAAUCAUACUGAAAGACAAGGAGGGGACCUUUGCAGCUUAUUGAUCAUAGCUUCCUUUAAACAUAUUCGACCUGUUUGAUAUUUAUCAUGAACUCUGGAUACAGCUACAAACCCAGCAAGCUGAGAAUAACGGGACGUCCACGUAGCAGGCAGCACAUCACCAGAACUGAUAAGCCUGUUUUCUACAUUCAGAUUCUAAUGACUCCUCUUGUACUGGCCAGGUCACUCAUUUAUAAAUAUCUUUUAAUGACAUCAUUGUGAUUGUUAUGUGUGUCUGUCCUCUCCAUUUUGUACCUUUCAUAGCAUCAUCAGGUAUUACUGACACAUGAAAUUGUUUGUUUGCUCUGAGAAGUAACACGUUGUCAAUGUUUGAACAGACUCCUGUAGUCGCACUAAUGUUGAGGAACUGUCUUUACAGUCAUUACAUUUAUUAAAACUA